AUGAAUAAUAUUUUUGUAAAAUAUUGGAAAACAUUUGCUAUUGCAAGUGCAUCUCUAACAUCGUCUUAUUUUUACUCUCAAUAUGAUAAAUCUCCUCGAAAAGAUCGUAUAUUAUCUGCGUUAACAGUUCAAGCUGCAGAACAUGAACGUCGAAAUUUGGGAAAAACAUUGGCAAAAUAUCGACAUCUUCCACAUAAAAAAGAUCUAGAUGACGACGAUGAUGAGGAGGAGGAAGACGACGACGAUGAAAACAAUAACGAUGAACUUGAUAGAGCCGAUGAAAAGGUGAAAAAUAUUCGUGAAAAACGUUUUCGUGACUUUAGUUCACUUGAAUACAAUGGUGAAAUAUAUAUGACACCACUCGAUUUUCUCGAAUCAAUUAUUACAGAUCGACCUAGACCUCGUAUUGGUCGUCGACAACUAACGGAACAAAUGGUCGAUUCUAUAUUAUAUAAUACAACACCAAAACAUCGGGGAUCAAAAAGAUUUUUUCGAAAUCUUGAAGGCGAUGAACCGCCUUCACAAUUUGAGCUUGCAUUUCAUAUGUUUGAUACCGGUGGUGAUCUCUUGAUUGAUAAAAAUGAGUUCCUUGUGUUGGAAAAAGUCAUGAGUAAUAAACGUUCGACAAAACAUCAAACAACAAAACAUUCCGCAUCUAAAUCAAAUCGAACUUUCAAAAUAGAUAAAUAUUAUAAUUAUGAAUACAAUGAUCAAUCGGAUACAACAUUACUUAUUCAUUUUUUUGGUAAAAAUGGUCGGGAUACAUUGAAUUAUACAGAAUUUAAACGUUUUAUGGAAAAUUUUCAAAUGGAAAUACUUGAAAUUGAAUUUACAGAAUUUUCACAUGGUUUCAAAACAAUAUCCGGUGUAGAUUUUGCUUCAAUGCUUUUGCGUUAUACAAAUUUUGAUCAUGAUAUGAAAAAACUCAUCCUAAGAAGAGUCAAAAAAUCACAUGUCGAACCGAAUGUAAUUACAUUUGAAGAAUUUAAGCAUUUUUUCACAUUUCUUAAUAAUCUUGACGAAUUUAAUAUUGCUAUGCGUUUUCAUCAAUUAUCAAAUAAACCAAUUUCUCAAGCGGAAUUUCAACGAGCAGCUAAAAUUUCUACAGGCUUUGAACUUGAAUCUCAUAUAAUUGCUCUUCUUUUUCUAAUUUUCGAUGCUGAUGGUGAUCAACAUUUAGGUUAUGAUGAAUUUAUGGCUGUUAUGAAAGAUCGAAUAUCGCGUGGUUUUCAAAAAAAUGAUCACAGUGAAAUAUCAAACUCAAAAUUUCAACAAUUUAAACACUGUCUUCGUGAACAUGCUAAGUAUGAUGCUGCAGCUACUUAG